AUGUUAGCAAUACUUAUUUACGUCACACUCUUCGUCCAACUUUUCAAAUCUUACGAAUUGUGUCCAUUGGAAUACUAUGUAACGGAUGAAAAUCAUUCGUACUGUUCGCAGCCAUAUCCGAAUGUAGUCGAUCUGCAGAUUAGCUCAUCUGAACGAACAGCAAUUCUUCGAAUACACAAUCAUGAACGGCGACUUGUUCGAGGAGCGAAUAUAGAGAAGAUGUAUUGGAAUGAUGAUCUAGCAGAAAUCGCUCUUCGGUAUGCUCGUCGCUGUGAAUUCGAUCAUGAUAAAGCCAGUCAACGGAGUGUACCGAGAAUUCCACUUUCAACAGGACAAAAUUUAGCUAUGGGAUAUGACAAUUGGACCCAAGCUAUUGGUGGGUGGAUCGAAGAAAAGGAACAUUAUAUUCAUGGUUAUCCAGCAACUGGAAUUGUUGCCCAUUAUACACAGAUGAUAUGGCAUUCUGCAGUUCUAGUUGGUUGUGCAGCGACGAUGUGUCCCCCUAGUGGAAUGUUUGAUAUGAAAUGGCCUUUUUAUGUUUGCAAUUAUAUUACUGGGCAAUUGAAUAGCAAUUUGUAUAGACCUUAUGACCAAGGGAUUGAAGAUCGUCCAUUAAAUGAUUGCCAUGGCAAAGUCUGCCUGUACAAUGGUACUCUUGAUUUAAAAACUUGUCAAUGCCAAUGCUCAACAUAUGCAACUGGUUCACAAUGUGAACAUUUAAACUGUUCUAUACUUCCUCCAUGUUAUUAUCAAUCACCAGAAUCGUGUAUUGCUGUCAAUGUGCCAUUGGAAUGUCCUCGUCUUUGUGGUUUAUGUGAUAGAUACGAAGUAUUGAAGCAGGUGUACGGAAAAGCGAACCUUGCACCGAACACACCAGCAAUUAAAAUGCUACAAACAACGACAAUAACCACUACUACUAGUGCAACAAAACGGAAACCAUCUGGUCGAAAAAUGAAAACAAAUUCACAAAAACGGCCGCGGAAACUCUCACUCAUAACUCAUCCAAGUACAGUAAUAGCAUCGAACGGUUGUAAUUAUCUACCAUUAUCUAUCGGUCCAUAUUUAUUAUAUAGUUUAAUGAUUAUUAUUGUAACAUUGAAAAUUUUUUUAAGAAACUAA